AACGCCGUUAAUAUUAAACUGCCUGAACGUGUGCACGACUGACGCACCACCGACGCUUCUCAACACUAAACAGCUAAGAGAGGCGAGCUAAAUUUUUCAAGCACAGGACAUAAAUUUACGUGAAACGUACGCACACGCCACAACAUUCGACGACGACGACGAAGAAGAUUUUGAGGAACACGCAUUGAUUGCCUGCAAUGGAUACGACCACCAGCAAUGUCAGUGGCAACGACGAUACUGGCAAUGCACCAACAGCAAAACCAGGGGCCAAUAGUGAAAACGUGGCCAUGGACACGUUAGAUCCACCGCCACCCAGCGCCGGCAGCAGCAGCACAAACUCCAAGACCCUAAAGCGUUGCCUGAGUGUGCCCAUCAUCCGCACGAUGCCUGGCAAGCUCACACCCAUGACGACACGCGCAGCCGCAGCUGCAGCAGCAGCGGCCAAGGAGCACGAGCAAACGCCAAAGAAGCAACAGCCUGUACAGCACGAGAGCUCCAGCGGGCUGAAUGUGGCGGCGGCUCCUAUCGACUACUUCGGCAAGAACAUACACAUACGCUCGCAGCCCUCGUCCAGGGAAGUCUCGCCGGCGCCCAUGUUUAACAUAUUCACGCCACGCACACGUCGGUAUUCGGCCAGCUAUAGUCCCAUGACCACAACAGCGGGUGCCAAUGGAGCAACACUGUGUCUCACGCCACGCGUGUCACAGUUGCGGCAGGAGGAGUGCGCCGAUCUGAAUAGUCGUGAGGUGAAUCACGAGCGUGAAGUGCAUCGUGAAAUACAAAUCUCACAGAGCUGGGAGGAUCUCACUUUGGUGGCCGAGAAUUGGUCCUGCAAAUCGGAAGAUUUCUCCAACCCGCUGCAAGUAACGCUGCCCACGGGCACUACAAGCUGUUCCAGUCCCAGCCCCACCAACAAUCGCGCCGGCAUGCGCUUGCCCUCCUACUCGCCCUCACCCACGCGUCGCACCUUCUCGACACGUCGCUCCAUGUCGCCUAUAAUGCGACCAUCACAACUGGGUCCGGUGAAGCGAAAGUUCGAGCUGGAUGAUAAUCCGGGGGCCAGUAACUGGAGCGUCUAUUCGCCACCGCCGCUUAAGAAGAUCUUUACAGAAAGUCGCGGCUCAUCGCCCGUGUGCCAAUCGCCCUCGUCGGUGUGUCCCAGCCCCGAUUCGGGCACGUAUGAUGGCCGCAUUACGCCCAAGCUUUUCAUUUCUAAACUCUGCACCUCAAACACCAAUAAUAGCAAUGGCAGCAGCAACAACAAUCAUAGCAAUAGCUCUGGCUGUCCCUCACCCAUUUCAGCCUCGCCGAGCGGGAGUUGUGUGGGCGCCGGACUGCCUCUGGUGCUGGACGGCAUGUCGAGCCUAUCGGGCGCAUCUUCCACCUCAUCCUCUAGCGGCGGCAACAGCGAGCCGAUGUGUAUUGUGAGCAACAGCCAAAGCUUAGAUGAGGGCAUCUCGAUACCAGAGAGCGAGCCAAACUCUUGCCGCAGUCGAACCUCCUCCAUACUAUCGACAGCCUCAUCGAGCGGUGGUCUUGGGCCACAGGUGCUGGUCAACGAUUUGGCCGACGAUGCCACGCUCAUGGAUGAUGCGAAAAGCGAAACCUCAUCCAUUGGCGGUUGCUCGACCAUAAGCAUUGAGUCUUCAUCCUGCGAUAGCGGCGCCAAGGCAGCGGCCAACUUUCUAAAUCGCCUCGUCGUCGACGAUGGCACGGUCUCCCCCCUGGCUCAAAAGAGUUUCUACAUUAAUAAGCAGGGUUUGUCCGGUGCCAAGAAGUACAUUGUGAAUCAUGAGAAUUUGGUUUUAGCCGCGGGCUCAAGCACAGAACUUCCAAACAGCAAUACCGGUGGUAAAGGAAAUGCCACAAAGCUUGGCGGUAGCCUUAAAAUUGAACAGAAGCUUUAAGUGUUAGUUGUAUCAUAAAAGCAAAACAAAAAGGAGAAAAAUUACAGCCUAGACAUGCGAUA